AUGAAAAUAAUGAGAUAUACCAUACCAACUUUGUUGGCACUGUGCCAUGACACAGGUGUGCACUGCAAGUGGACCAGUGAAGCAAGACACUGUGAGUUUCCCUUUGUGACGAUGCUCUUGAUGAUAUUUCCCAAAGAUGCAAAUAUUCGGUUGGGUUGCUGGUGUGAACUGGGUUCCAGCAGAAAAGUGCGUCCUGUUGGAAGCAUGAAGCCUAUCCUUUCAGAAAACCCGAGAAAUCAACCGACUAGAGAGUCAGCCAGGUCAUCGCGACCGAACAAAAUUCCAGUAUCGAAAGCCUCCAAGAAUCGCCAGACUCGUAUCAGCAAAAAUCCCACUGAGCCUGUGUUCUCCACGAAUGAUGUAGGGUUUGCUCAAUUUCUGAAAAAGCACACUUCCCCAAAACACCAGCGAGUCACGGCUGGGGGAAGAAUCGUUCCAAUGGAGCCACCAAGGCCACCCCGUCUUGGUGGCUCAUCGCCUGCACAGAUGGCUGCAAUAAAUGACAACGAAUCGAUUGUUCCACAUGUCUUUGUUGGUGAUCAACUUGUGACUGGUGGCCGCAACAGAACAACGCAACAGAAAUUCAUCAUUCGUUCCACGGAGUCCGAUAAUAACCUGCGGGAGCAGUUGGCAUGGCCUCUGCCGGUAAACGCAUCCCAGUUCGCAACUCCCGUCGAUUCACGGGAUUUGAAUGUUUCCCAAACAAUGGGAUCAGACAUUCCAUAUGAUGAAUGGAUUGAGCACCAACCGCUAGACGAAGUCGAACCAGAGUUCAUUCAGCAUACUCCAAAUGCAGUGCAGCGCCAUGAGCCUACCCACCAAGCUGAGGAGCGCCGGGGAGGAUGGAUUUUUAUCGAGACUCAGAUUAACUACGAAGAAGCUGCAAUUGGGCAGAUUGUGUCGUUCAUGUCCCCGUUUGAUCUUUUCCCGGGUGACGACUAUUAUGUUCGAUAUGUAAAACUGGCGUGGAUGUGCGGCCCUGAUGCCAUGAUUGAGGCAAAGACACGACUGAAUAACAAACUCCGGAAUCAUGAAAGAUAUCUGGAGGAGGUCAACGAAGUUAUCGCGUUGGACCCCCAUAUUUCACCUGGCGAUCCUUGUUAUAAUUUGCGUGUUUACAACAUCAACGAACGGGCAAGAGUACUCAACGCUCUUGAUCAAUAUGAUGACCUCAUGGGCUGUGAAGGGGCAGCUGGCAUGAACAAUCCCAAUGAUCCAGGAGGUAUUGCCAUCCAGCCAGCCCAUCCGAAUCCCGCCCACAUGCACUUACGACCCGGAAGAACGAUCGAUAGUGGUUCAUAUGAUAAACUAUCGACUGAUGGCACCAGUGAGAUUGAGCGUGCUAGCAACAAUCGUGGAAUCGAUAUUAUUGACCCCGACACCGGUCAUCCAAUCCUAUUCCAGAGACAACCAUUAACAACAGCAAACAACAACCGCAAUGGUACAGGCCGCACGAACGGGAACAACCCAAAUCGUGAUAACAUGCAGAUUGAUGGAAGCUCAGAGUUGUUGAUUCGUGAUGAUGUAAAUGGAAAUCGCAACAGAAACAGAAGAAACUCACUCUUCGAUCACACUCAGGUUGAUAGAAGAUCGGAGUUAUUUCAUGAUGGGAAUGGGAUAAUCGGCAAUUUGCCUAUAGGAAGCAAUGACCCGCUCUUUGACGGCAAUAGCCGAUUGGACGGUCUCUUUCCUCUUGGGAUGGGUUCUGAUGCGGAAAACAAUGGAACCAUAUCAUGGAACCCUCAGGAGACCUGGACAAAACGUCGUCCGAGAAACGAAAGUCGCAUCAGCAGAACCCUCCCUCGGAACUUCGGUCGAAACAUCGCCGAUUUGAGACCGGCACUGCAUUCCAUUACUGAACUCGACCACGAGCACGCCAUCGAACUAACUAGCACAGUUGCAAAUAAUGGGAAUACAUCAAACCUCGCGUUUAGUGUAAAUGAGGGUGAAGUGAACCACGGUACAACCCAUAACGGGCUUCGUUAUCUUCAGAAUGAAUGCCCUGUCGCAUCAGUUUCGAGCAGUUCAGAGGAUGAGCAACAGACGAUGAGAGAUUCUAGUCCCGGACCUGGACUUAAUGAAGAGGUGCUCUCAGAGCUUUCCUUUGAUCGGCAGCACAGAGGUACUGAGAUGGUGGAUUACCAGGUGUCUGUCAUUCCACCCGACUUUUUCGAUGUGUCUGUCGUAAACGUGGAGGGUGAUCGGGAAGUGGAAGCAUCUGAUGGAAGGAGAGGAUGCCACUCAGCCGAACAAUUAGAGGAUUCUAUGCAUCACAGCCGCAGUGGAAACUUCACCUUGACAAUGAACAGCCUCGGAGCGGAUUACCCAGACGACAUGUCGGAUACACCUUUGUUGUCUCAGAAUAGCCCAUAUGGCAGGUAUAGCCCUUUGUCCCGGAAUAGCCCGAGCAGGGUGAUCUCCAGGUCAAGUGCCCGUCGUAGACACUAUGUACCUGUGGGUGGUUCCAGCAGCCCUGGGUCUCGUAUGAUCACAUCAAGUCUGAAUGCCCGCCGAAGACAUGACGCACGUGAAAAUAUCCGAAACGCUCGUUGCUCGCUCACAAAUUCAUCGAGAUUGAUUGAUGACUUGAGAGACGAAGUACCCGCAACAACUGCUCUGGGUUUCGACGCGCCAGACAGUCAGCAAAACGCCAAUUAUUUGCCUGUGUAUUCGAUGCAGUUGAUUGAUGCUAGUGUCCGACAUACUGCGCCUGCUAUUGUGAACACCAGCAGAAUCAAUGUGCAUGCUCUCCUUUGA